UGGUUCGGGGCUUUAUCCGGUCCCGGUCCCGAGCAGGCCGGACCGGACCCAUGGGGCACAGCGGGCCGGAACCGGGAGCUCCUGAGGCCGCAGCGGGAGCCCCACGCCGCCGCCGAGGGGCAAACAUGUCUGCUCCGGGGCUGCGCGCGUGCUUACGCCGGUCUAAGCGCGUGCACUCUAUGCAGUGACAGGUAGAGCGCGUGCAGCGUGAGGUUCGGUCCGGUUCUGGGUUCUGUUUGGCUGCAGGUUCGGUCUGCAGGGUCCAAUAGCUGCAUGCUCCAUCAGCGGACUGCAAGUCCCAGAAUCCUUUGCGGGAAUCCUGGGAAAGUUUUCCGGAUCCAGGAUGAGAUUCUGAAGGAGCGAGGGGUUUCCGGUUCUGAUCUCUGGUCCAAACUGUCAGCUCGGCUCCUAAAGAGGUUCGGGUUACCAUGACAACCAACCAGAGGCCAGCCGAGCCGACAUGCUCCGUCCAGCUGCAGAGCACGGUGGAGGCUCCCGCAUGGUGUGGGGUUGAGUUAAUGCAGCGCCACCUGGAGGCUCCGGGCAGCAUGACGGCACUUCUCCUCUGACAUGUUUGUUUCUCCUCCAGGUGAUUUGAUCAGUCCAUUGAUUGAUGAUUGGCAGCUCAUCAGGUGAUUGGCUCAUGGUAACAACCAAUCAGCAUGGACUCUGAGGCCACGCCCCCAAACCGCAGGACUCAUCCCAAUUGGCCAUGGUAGCAGAGGGGACGCCUUAUCCUAAGAUGGAGCAAUUGGAUGAGCUGAGCUUAGGGGCGGGGCUUGAAGUGGCAGAGGAAGCAGGAUGUGGUGAGGAGGAGGAGCUCUGUGACCAGCCUGAACCGGCUGUGGAGGACGCUCCGCCGGACGCCAAGAUGGAGGACGCUCCGAAGGACGCCAAGAUGGAGGACGCUCCGCCGGACGCCGUAACGAUGGAACAGUGCUGGAGGCGGCAGUUCCCGGACCUCCGGCGCUGCUCGGUCGUCCUCCUCAAGCUUCCUGCGGAGACGCUGCGGCCCUGGCGGUGGGGCGGAGCGGAGAGGAGGCGGAGCCAGCGCGUCAGGUCACGUGACCUGCGGUCCGGCUGGGACUGGAUGGAGCCGCUGGACCCGGAGAACGGCGGCGUCGGAACCCGAGCCUUCAUCAAGAAGGUGGAGGUGAACGCCCCUGAAGAUGAGCCUGGGAAACCCCAGAGCCGGCUGAGGCUGACGCGAUGCCUGGAGCCGCCCUCUGGCCCCGCCCACCCAGAUGACGGUCCCGCCCUGGGUGAGCAGCCACAGAGCGACCACACCUACUGCCUGGGCUUCAAUACACCUGAGAGCAGCAGCCAAUCUCUGGAGGACAGGCCGCCGUCCCGGUUCUUCAGCUGGGCACAAAGAGACGGAGACGGCCGCUGCUCACCUGCAGAGAAGAAGAAUGUGCCGAGUGUGGUGCUGAGGAAGGUGACAGGUGAUCAGUGGGUCCUCAGGACUGGAUCUGUUAAAGAAGAGGAAGAGGAGAAUGAAGAGAAGGUUCAGACGAAGAACAGGAAGAGAGACGAGACUUCAGCAUCAGGACAGAAGAUGCGCCGCCAGGCCUGCCGGAGCUGCGCUGCGUGCCUGAGGGAGAACUGCGGCGUUUGCACGUUCUGCCGCGACAUGAGGAAGUUUGGCGGUCCGUCCCGCAUGAAGCAGAAGUGUGUGAGGCGGCGCUGCCUGCUGCUGAGCACGCGGAAACAGCCGACCAGGCAGCAGAACCGACCCGGGGAGCAGACGGAACCGCCCGACCCGGUCCGACCUGGAGACGACACCGACUGUCCGGACGCCCAGCGGGACGGCGUCCGCCGCUGGAGACACGAGAGGACGGCAGGGAGGCGAGAGGAGAUGAGGAAGAGGAUGUGGAUGAAGAGGAGGCGGGGCCAAAGGGGCGGAGCCUCCGAGACCCGGAACGGCAGGAUCGGUCCGCUGAUGAAGAGCGAGGAAGAGGAGACGCCAUUGUCCCACUGGCGCCAGGUCACUGGAGGCAGUGGGACCAGUUCAGCUCCAACUGGGACUCACCUGCAGUGGAACCUGACCCUGGACAGCGGCCACCUGUCCUCCGCCGUCCUCUCUGACUCCGCCCUCACCUGUCUGUCCGGCCUGCUGCCUCAGGACGGAUCCGUCCUCCACGUCUCCACAGGCCUCACCUUCAUCCCUCAUCCUCUCCCUCACCUCGCUGCCAUCCAAUCGCCCGAGCCGAAGGAGGAGGAGCAGCCAAUCAGCGUCGAGCAUUACGGCAGGGAGGCGGAGCUUCGGACCGGGACGUCUGAGGGGGGCAAGUUCUACGAAGUGGAGGUGGAGCUGCCGGACCCUGAGUCCGACCAGAACACCAUGACAACAUCAUCACCGGCGCGCUCUGACAUCACUGCUGACAUCACUACUGACAUCACUACUGACAUCACCUGCAGGCGGCCGGACUUUAUUUCAUUGGAACCGCAGGGGUUCUGCCUGUUGGGGGGCGGAGCCAGCCACGCAGGGGGGCGGGGCUUGUUCCAUCUGCUGAAGUCGCUGAGGAGGACAGUGCUGCCAGCGCAUUGGGUCGCCGUGAUGGCUGCAGGACCGGAGCUGCAGCUGCUGCAGUGCUGCAGGCUGUCCUCCAUGAGGGACGCCAUCGUCCACGUCCAAUCAGAUCGCAGCUUCCGGGUCAGCGUGCGGUCCCGUCCGCUGCCUGACGGCCACCGCCUCUACAGGAAGUGCGCUCACAGAGUCUCUCACCUGAGCCAGCUGGUGUCUCUGCUGCUGGAUCUGGAGCGACUCGCUGUCUGCCGUGGCUGCAGGGUUCAGGCGGCGUCCCGUCGGCUGCCACUCCGCUCCGCAGACUGCCACCUGCUAUUGGCUCCGCCCUUCCACACCUGCCUGCCGUGCCUGCUGGAGGAGGAGGAAGAGGAGGGUGAAGAUGAAGAUGGAGCCAUGGUGGAGGAGUUCCAGUCUUGUUAAAGCGCCUCACCAUGUUGGGCUGGGGCUUCUGGGUAAUGGAGUCCAUCAGCUCCAAACGUUUCUACCUCAGGUUUUUACUACUGAACAGUUCAUCAGAACCGAGUCCGGACCGGACCGCUGGGUGUUUCUGAAUGUUACUGAAUUUCUGAAACAUUCAUAAACUCUGAAUGUUUCUGUUGGUCCUAAAGAGAUUUUUCUACUUUUGAUACGUUUAUAAAGAGUUUUUCAGAAAUGCCA